CUCGGUUUUCUGAUGGAGGUCCCUCAAUGGGACCCACUGAGAAAUGACUCCCUGCCACCCACCCUGACCCCAGCCGUGCCCCCCUACGUAAAGCUCGGCCUCACCAUCGUCUACACCGUCUUCUACUCGCUCCUCUUCGUGUUCAUCUACGUCCAGCUCUGGCUGGUCCUGCACUACGGACACAAGCGUUUCAGCUACCAGACCGUCUUCCUCUUCCUCUGCCUUUUCUGGGCCUCUCUGCGGACCAUCCUCUUCUCCUUCUACUUCAAAGACUUUGUUGCGGCCAAUUCACUGAGCCCCUUCGUCUUUUGGCUGCUUUAUUGCUUUCCCGUGUGCCUCCAAUUUUUCACCUUGACCUUGAUGAACCUGUAUUUCACUCAGGUGAUUUUUAAAGCAAAAUCAAAAUACUCUCCAGAAUUACUGAAAUACCGACUUCCCCUCUACCUGGCUUCCCUCUUCAUCAGUCUUCUUUUCCUGUUGGUGAAUCUAACCUGCGCAGUACUCGUAAAAACAGAAAAUUGGGAGAGAAAGAUUAUCGUUUCAGUUCGAGUUGCCAUUAAUGAUACCCUCUUUGUUCUCUGCGCCAUCUCGCUGUCUGUCUGCCUCUACAAGAUUUCCAAGAUGUCCUUAGCCAAUAUAUACUUGGAAUCUAAGGGUUCAUCUGUGUGUCAAGUGACCACCAUUGGAGUGACCGUUAUCCUGCUUUAUGCAUCCAGAGCCUGUUACAACUUGUUUAUAUUAUCCUUUUCUCAGAAUAAGAAUGUCCAUUCCUUCGAUUACGACUGGUACAACGUAUCAGACCAGGCAGAUCUGAAAAAUCAGCUUGGAGAUGCUGGCUAUGUAGUGUUUGGAGUGGUCCUUUUUGUGUGGGAGCUCCUGCCCACCACCUUAGUUGUUUACUUUUUCAGAGUUAGAAAUCCUACAAAGGACCUGACAAACCCUGGGAUGGUCCCGAGCCAUGGAUUUAGUCCUCGAUCCUAUUUCUUUGACAACCCACGAAGAUACGACAGUGAUGAUGACCUCGCCUGGAACAUUGCCCCUCAAGGGCUUCAGGGAAGUUUUGCACCAGAUUACUAUGACUGGGGACAACAAACUAAUAGCUUCAUGUCACAAAUAGGAUCGCUACAAGAUUCGACAUCGGAUCUCGACAAAUCCAGCAAUCUGCCGGCAAUCUGCUAACAACAAACAGUAUUAUAGAAUUUUAUUAUGAUUGAAUUUCUCUAGAGACUGAUUUUUGGGUAAUAAUAUAAGUUUAUUGAUUAUAUCAGGUUUAUUGGUUAGGCGAGCAUCAUAACUGAUAAAAUGACAUAUAGGUCUCCACGGUUGUCUCUCAUGACCAGGGGCGACCUGAGCUGGGUCACGUAGCCUGAUAAAUAGAUUUUUAGAAGUUCAUUAUUCAGCCUCUCCCUUGACCAUCUCAAGACAACUUUAACUCGUGAUAGCUAAUUAAGAGAUGGUCCAUCGAUCUAUCCACCCUUCCCCAUACCCACAUCUUGGGAAACAGAGAGACAGGAAAAAAAACCUUGUCCCCUUCAAUUAUUAAACAAAUUUUUUUUAAAAAGAAAUUAUUCCUUUGGAUUCCCAAGGACAAAGAAAAAUGCAAAAAGUAGUAGAUUAGAUGGUAUCUCUAACCCAGAUCCCAGACCGAGGGAUACACAGUAAUCCCCCAUAGGAAUUAAUGCAGUAUAUGAAAAAUAAAUUCUCACAAUUUUAUCCUGCAGUGAAAAGUUUCAGAAAAACAAGUUCAGAGACAGCCAGAUGUUAAAGGCGCUGUCACAGGAAAAGUAGGAUUUGACUUUGUUUCUUGCUACAGAUUUCUGAUGGCUCCAGUGGGACUAAGCAAUAAUUUAGAUGGACAAAACUUUAUUUUAGUUAGUACUAAAGAACUGAGCCUAGUUAUUUCCCUAGGCGUAAUUUAAUUUUUUUUUUACUUGUACUUUUACAGAAGUCAUAUUUUAUAUAACUUAAAAGAUAAUGCUAAAAUAUAGUAAGAUUCUCUCCCAAGACUUUGUUGAUGCAAUGUGUUUUUUAGUUUGCACAGAUAUUUUUAUGUAUAAUUCACUUUAAAAGUAUACAAUAUAUAGUUUAAUGUGUACUGUAUGGCUUGAUGCAUUCCUCAGAUCAUUAAAACGAUUCCAAUUUAAUUCAAAAUUGAACAUAACAUUCCU